AUGCCAGCUCCAAACGUUAAAAGUGACUUACAACUCUGGACGGAUCAUUAUUGUUGUCAAUGGACAAAUGAAGUACCACAAUGUGAAGCUGCAAAAUAUUUUGUUAAACUAAAUGAACAACAUCUAUCGAGUUUAAAUAAAAAUAAAAGCAAUUCAAAAAUCAUAACAUUUUCACAUUUCUUAACAAGCAAAAAAUUAAUGCAGGCUUAUCGUAAUGAAAUGUCUCGUCGUCGACAAAAAUGGCUCGAAAGUCAAAACGGUACACCACAUAAUGAAGAAAUAGCAAGCGGAACAUUGACAGCUAAUUUUUCAUUGGUAGCUGGAACUGAAUUAUUAGAUGAACAAUUAAAAUUAAUUAAACCACAAAUACACAUAUUCGGCCAUAGUCAUCGUAAAAUGGUCUUGGACAUUGGUGAUGGUAUAAAAUAUAUAAAUAAUCCACUUGGUUAUACAAGAGAAAGAGAAAAUGGACUAAUAGAGUCACCACACGAACUUUACGAAAUAAAUUUAAUAGAAAACUAA